AGUCCACCAAUGUGAGCCCGCCACGCGUCCCCUUACGGUUACCGGAGCCCCGCACACCACGCCCCUAUUCUAUAAUAGGAGCCCCCUCGCCGCCCCGCCGCAGGGGAUCGCCGUGCACACGCCGCCGCUUCCAGCCGCCCCCCUCACCCUCCGCAAAGCCCAUAGACAAGUUGAUCUCAUGUAUUCAGGAAGAACAGUGGCAUCCAGAGUUUCCUGUUCGUCGGGAAACAACGGAAGCUUCCCACCCUGCCUUCACCCGGGAUUCCUUGGAUUUCCUGUUGUCUCCGUGAACUUCCACUUGUUCAAGGCCAUUGUUCGCAGCCCUGCAUCUUCUGUUGUCUUGGGUAUUUGUGGAAGGAGCCUCCCUUAGACAGAGCUGCCCCAUAAGGUGUUCAUUCUAUAUUUCUGAGAAUUGGUAGUGGGAAGCCGUGCAGCUACCGCUAGCUUUCAUCAAGAUUCUCAAAGUGUUGAAUCUUGGUUCCUGAAGAUGGUUUCCUCUGAGAUACCUUCAGUUACAACAACCCAUACACAACGCCCCAAGCUCUUUACAGGGAUGAUACUUCUGCCAAAAGGGCCUCCAGAUGUUGUCCUUCCUGAAAAUGUUGAGUUUGAUUUUAACGAUGUUUUUGGUGCUACGGCGGUCCAGACCCCCACAGAAGUAAGCAUUCUCACUCCAGGCAGCCCUGCACCUUUGGCCGAGUCGAAUGAGGAGGUUUACAAUGACCCUGUAGUCAUUACCAAGCGAUCUCAUUCUCUUGUUGGCCCAACUUCACUUGUUAGCCAAUCCUUGCCACUUAGUAAGCUUACUCUACAUGAGUCCGAGAGCUCAUUAGAUCUGCUAGAGUGUCUUUCUAAAGAAAAGAAAAGUGGCCAGGGGAGUCUUAGUGAUGAAGAGCUCAAUGAUACAACAAAGGAGAAUGAGGCUGUUGGACUCGAUGACUUUGAACUCUUGAAGCUUGUUGGCCAAGGGGCAUUUGGCAAAGUCUAUCAGGUGAGAAGGAAGUGUACUUCAGAUAUCUAUGCAAUGAAAGUCAUGAGGAAAGACAAGAUUUUGGAGAAGAACCAUGCUGAGUACAUGAAAGCAGAGAGAGAUAUACUGACAAAAGUUGAUCAUCCUUUUGUGGUGCAGCUGCGGUACUCCUUUCAGACUAAGUACCGACUUUAUCUAGUCUUGGACUUUGUAAAUGGGGGCCAUCUCUUCUUUCAGCUUUACCAACAAGGCUUGUUUAGGGAGGAGCUUGCACGCAUCUAUACUGCUGAAAUUGUAUCUGCUGUAGCCCACCUUCAUGCCAAUGGGAUUAUGCAUAGAGAUCUGAAGCCUGAGAACAUCUUAUUGGACGCUCAUGGCCAUGCCAUGCUAACUGAUUUUGGCCUGGCAAAGGAGUUUGAUGAGAACACUAGGUCAAAUUCAAUGUGCGGCACUGUGGAGUAUAUGGCCCCAGAAAUUGUUCAGGGCAGAGGUCAUGAUAAAGCUGCAGACUGGUGGAGUGUGGGGAUCCUUCUUUUCGAAAUGCUUACGGGCAAGCCCCCAUUUUUUGGUGGAAACAGGGACAAGAUUCAGCAGAAGAUAGUGAAGGAGAAGAUGAAGCUUCCGACGUAUUUGUCUAGUGAGGUUCACUCUCUGCUGAAAGGGUUACUGCACAAAGAAGCUGGCAGGCGACUUGGAAGUGGACCGGGCGGCAGUGACGAAAUAAAGAACCACAAGUGGUUCAAGGCAGUGAACUGGAAGAAACUAGAGGCUCGACAGAUCAAGCCAAGCUUCUGCCCAAAUGUUGCUGGGCAGACCUGCAUUGCAAACUUUGACGAGUGCUGGACGAGUAUGCCGGUGCUGGACUCUCCCGUGGCCAGCCCUGUUGCUGCAGAUAGCAACUUCGUGGGGUUCAGUUACGUGCGGCCGGAGCCAUUCCUUCAAAAGCCGAGUCCUCUAGGCUAAAGACUACUUUAUAAUUGUGGUAUCUAAGAAAUCCAGUAUCUUAUCUUUGCUCAAGACUGUAAGAUGAACCUGCUGUUGUGCUUGUUUUAGACUUCAUUUGUCUAUCACCCAAGAGGGGGCUUGGGACUUGGCAAUGACUUUGUGGCAAUUCGUUUGUUUCUUUUACUCUUUAGUUGCAUCUUAAUUACUUUC